CUGGUGCGACGAUUGGCUGUCAGACAGUGUGAGAAAAGGAGGAGGGGGAGGGGUUGUGUGGAGGAGAGAGUGAUCCUGCCUUCUUUUUUUCCGUUAAAACCUUGCUUCCAUGGAAACAAACGCUCCCUCACGUUUCACCCUUUGUAAUAACGACCAAUGUUGCAACAAGUUCAACUUUAUUGAUGUUGCCACGGUGCAUUCCGUUGUGGAUGGCCCGGAUCCUCGCGAUCACUGUGCCAAUGAACGAAACUUGUUGACCUGGUUGCUUACUGGCAUGGUACUUGUAUUAAUAGGUAAAGUCAAUUCAAUUUACUUCUCCACACAACAACCCCCACAUGAUUAUACACUCGUCGUGGAGAAGCAACACUCUAGUUAGACAGUUCGCACAACACAGAGAGACACCCAUGCUCAUAUAUAUGUAAAUGGUGUGAAGGCUUUAUGACGCUGUUGGACCUGCCAACCAAAGUAUU